UACACUAUAUCGCCCGCAUACUAUUGCCUGCCAUACGGCCGUGCGUACAAGCCUGAAACGUGUGUGUGUAUUUUGCAUGCACCGAUGCGUACAGUGCGAUAUACCUGGCUUUCUCGCUUAUCGGUGGAGUACAUUCCUGACGAAUCUCACAAGCCGAUAGUCCUUGAUUACCGAGAACACGUACCUCUUUCAUCUGUCGCUCAUUGACAUUUUUUUAUCAAGCGUCCUAAUUUCAGCGUUUUUGGAGUGCUUUCUCUGCUGCGAUCUGGAGAUAAAGUACAUAAGUGAAUACAUCCCAUGUCUAUUUCAAAGUGAUUAUCUCGCUCAUUAGUUGCUUUCCGAGUCACAUCCUGCUAUGAAAUAAAACUCUGCAGCUGCAGUGCUAAUUUUCGAAUUUCCACACAGUCAAGUCUCAAGAGCAGUAAUCUAUUUCAAGCAUCGGAUACAAGCUCAGAACGUUGAAACGUCUUCUUGUGAAGAAGUUUUUUGCGACCAUCAGCCACUAGGAAGAGAAAUUCAAAAUCACAGCCAACAUGAAGCAACCAACACAGAUGCAGACGGCUGUGCAACACCAGCAGUAUCCAGCGAGCCUCCACCACACGCUCCCCCUGCACGCCGGCGGGGAAAAGAAGCAGAAACGCGCUGGAGUCUCAAAUUUCACCAUGUCGGAUUGUUACGAAAAACUGAAGCAACUGGUGCCGACAAUCCCCAAGAACAGGAAAGUCACGCGAGUAGAAAUCCUGCAACAUGUCAUAGACUAUAUCCAGGACUUGCAGACGGCGUUAGAAGGAAGGAAUAUCGAUGUGAAAAUGAUGGGGAGCGUGAAUGCGCUUACCGGGAUGAUCACUGACUCUAUGGCCAUGCCUGCCCCGGCCGCUUCCAACAGGAUGCCGUUCACCACCAUAGUCCCUCAGCAACAGGGCCAUCAGCAGAUGACAUGCCCGCCAGCCACACCGCUCGGGGUACACACGCAGAGUAACGCGAGACAACAUCAGCAGCAAUGCUACCCUCAACAAACAUCUCUCUUUCAUCAUCAGGGAUACAGUGAUUAUCAUCAAAGACAACAGAUGAACAUGAUGUCGCAUCCGGGUAACAACAAGGUCACUCCCCACCCUUACGAAACUCCCGAAAGUUCACCGGAGUCGAGGCCGUGCAGCUGCUAACAAGAUUUCUGACGAGUCUCGCAAAGCUUGGACUUCCUUCUCCCGAUACAACCACAGAUGGUCUCGUUCUGUUAGGUUUAGCCCGUGGCUAACUCCAUCCUAUAUAGCUGAAGACUUCAUAUUGGUCCAAACGUCUGGACUGUAUGAUGACCAUCGACCAACCGUUGCUUUUGAGGCGACCACAGAUUCGGUAGUGACGUCAUGAUUUGGAGGAUGAAAUCGUGCGUUCCACGUUUUAUUGAAAAGGACAAUAUAAAAUGAUGUGGACACUGGACCUUGAGAAAGGACUGUUACGGAAAGACCGACACCAAGCAAUGUGACGUCAUCGCAAAAUCUUGCAGAUGUGAACAAAUUACAGUUAUUAAACACAUCUCGAAAAGGGAUGAAAGAACAUUUAUAGGAGAAUAAAUGAAUUUAGACAAAAAUAUGAGAUAUUAUUUAAGACUAUGUAUGGUUCUGUCUAGUACAAUUGAAUAUGGAUUGUACAUAUUUCAAAUGCUAUGAUGAAUGUCAACACAAAAUGGCCACGUCCAACGACUGCUCAGAGUUGUAUUAAAUUAUGAGCAGCCAUUGGACGUAUUAUAUAUGCACUUCUCCGUGAUCACUAUUUGUAUAUAUUGAACUGUCUAUCACGAUGUAGUCAUGCAUAUACCAUGUUUGGCGGUUCACAUUUUAUAUAUAUGUUUAUGUUAUUGCCAAAACUUGUCGCUCUAUGUUUUAUGAAUGAUUUCUUUAAUAUUUGUGAUACUGAUAAUUGAAUAUAUUGUUGUUACCUCCCCUCCAUGCUUGCCAUGACUCGGUAGGGUGGUUAUUCCAAUCAAAGUAUUUAAGUAAAGGUAUUUAGCGCAUAUUGAAAUUUGAUAUCGUGAAGAAAGGAAUUUAUAAGUUUUUGGAUUCUUUAAAUUUUGAAACGUUAAUAAUGGAUUUUAGGAGAUUCCUCUAUUAUCUCUCGUCCAAAAUUAAACAGCCAAUCACUAAAUGGAAAAAAAUUUCAUCAUAGAUUAUGUAAUGUUAAGAUUGUUAAAUUUAUAAAUUAUACCUGUUUACUGCACCAUGGUUACAUAUUGUAUUUCCCAUUUAGUUAGGAAUGUAAAUCCCGGCAUGAAUCAGAUAACAACUAUUUGCCAAAUUCCUUCAUAUUGAAGCGAUUGUUCGUACUCGCUGUGAUUAUAACACGCGUGUGAAAAAUCAACAAAAUAAAACGGAUCAUAUUCGAGGUUUGUUUAUCCUGUGCUGUAUAGUUCAAGUGGGCGUAUUCAUAUCUCGAUAAGACACCUUUCUAAUAAAUCAUUAACCUGGUUUAAAUGCAGCGGAAAUAUAUUCUUAUCAGGCAAAGAACAUAACCGGAAGACAUUUUAAGUGGUUAUGAGAUAUUUUUCAAUCAUGGUCAAGAGAAAAUCUACCGAUGCAAUUCAUGUGUCAAGCACAAGUUAAAAUAAAUACGUUAGAUGUAUAUCCCCUGUUUAUUUCACUGGUAUGAAUUUUCUUCUGAUUUCAUAUUUUGAUGUAAUUUUGUACUGUGAAAUUAUGUUCUCGGUUAUUGCCGAAUUUCAAAAAAAAUAUUGAGAAAAAGAUACGUGUCAUUAAAAAGUUACAUUGAAUUCAAAAUGUUUUGAAUAAAUUUA